UCUCAGGUUCCUCUCUGCCUAGAGGUUCUCUACUUCAGAGUGGCCAUAGUAUAUGUUCUGUGGCUAUACAUCUGUUUCACUUUUUCAUCUUGCAUGUGAAUUAUCAAGAGAUAUGUUAACAACAAUACGGUUACAUUGCGUUUGGUCUUGGACAUUGUUUUCAUGUUGUCAGUGUUGAAUUUCUAUUGUUGAUCAUUAGAUUGACGUUUUAGAUCCGUAAUCAACGUGUUCGCCCGGUACUGAUUAUUUUCUAACCGUCGAUUGCACCACAAUGGGCCUGCCGGGAUAAUCGUUCUUUGAGAUUUGAUUUCUAAUACUGUUUUUCAUCAUGGUCGUAUCGUCCCUGUAAUCCCGGGGGCGGAAACCAAUAACCAAGAAAAGCACAUGUUCACAACGCGAUAAGAUGGCACCUACUAUACAAACGAACAGUAACCAAGCUGAGAGGGACAAACGUGCAGUCAGACCAGUGGAAAAACGAUCUGAGCUCAUAUGCAGAGUGAAGUAUUGCAACACAUUGCCGGAUAUCCCAUUCGAUCCGAAAUUCAUAACGUAUCCCUUUGAACCCACCAGGUUUAUUCAGUAUAAUCCAACCUCGUUAGAACGCAAUUAUAAAUAUGAAGUCUUGACAGAACACGAUUUAGGUGUAGAAAUUGAUUUAAUUAAUAAAGACACGUAUGCGGGAGAUCUAAAUGGUCAGUUAGAUCCAGCUGACGAAAAGUUGCUCGAGGAAGAUGUUCUUACUCCACAGGAUUCAAAACGUUCUCGACAUCACGCCAGGAGCGUGUCCUGGUUGAGACGUACAGAAUAUAUUUCCACAGAGAGUACCAGAUUUCAGCCGCAAACGGCGGACAAGGUUGAAGCUAAAGUUGGUUAUAGUAUCAAGAAGAACUUUAAGGAGGAAACGUUGUAUAUGGACCGCGAGAGUCAAAUAAAAGCUAUAGAAAAGACCUUUGAAGACAAUAAGAAGCCAAUUGAAAGACACUACAGUAAACCAAACGUAGUACCUGUAGAAAUAUUGCCUGUAUAUCCAGACUUUAAGUUAUGGAAAUAUCCGUGUGCGCAAGUCAUAUUUGAUUCUGAUCCUGCGCCAACUGGUCGAUCUGUACCAGCACAGAUCGAAGAAAUGUCACAAGCUAUGAUACGAGGUGUGAUGGACGAGAGCGGUGAACAGUUUGUUGCUUACUUUUUGCCGUUGGAAGAAACGUUGGAAAAGCGCCGACGGGACUUUACAGCUGGUAUCGACUACGCUGACGAGGAGGAAUACGAAUAUAAAAUGGCGAGAGAGUACAAUUGGAACGUCAAGAGCAAAGCUUCCAAAGGAUACGAAGAGAAUUAUUUCCUUGUGAUGAGACAAGACGGGGUUUACUACAAUGAACUAGAAACGCGCGUGCGACUGAGCAAACGGCGCCAGAAGGUAGGACAGCAACCAAACAACACGCGCUUAAUAGUGCGUCACCGACCCCUGAACGCUAAUGAAUUUAGAAUGCAGAGAUAUCGAGAAAAACAAUUGGAGCCGCCGGGAGAGGAGGAUGAGGACGAAGAGGAGGAAGAAGAGGAAGAACAGGAAACUCAACAAGAGGAUAAGGCAGACGGGAAAGAUAUGCCGGUUAAAGGUUCUGAAGUGGAAAACGGAGAAGAGUCGCGUGCCUCUUCGAGGGCAUCCUCGCGAGCGUCCAGCAGAAAAUCGCGAUCCCACUCACGAUCUCGUUCCAAAUCCGGUUCGAGAUCAAGAUCGAGAUCGAAAUCAAGAUCGAGAUCGAAAUCAAGAUCGAGAUCAAGAUCGCGUUCACGAUCGCAUUCACGUUCACGUUCUCGUUCACGUUCACGUUCACGUUCACGUUCACGUUCACGUUCCCCGUCGAAAUCUAGAUCACCGUCUCGAUCGCGCUCGCGUUCUCAGUCGCGUUCGCCGUCUAAAUCGCGCAGUAAAUCACGAUCUCGAUCCGGCAGUCCUCAGUCGAGGAACACAUCGAGAUCUAGAUCCAAGUCAAAAUCGCGCUCGAGGACACCUGCGAAGUCACCGUCAAGAUCUCGGUCGAGCUCGCGAUCUAAGUCCAGGUCGCGGUCAAGAUCGAGAUCUGGAACUGGUAGCGGCAGCGGUUCCGAAAGCGCGAGCGGCGAAAGCGGCUCCGAGAGUGAGUGAAUCGAGAAGCGUGAUUAAGAAUAAUGAAUUUAUUUCUAAUGUCACCAUUUCCAUCUCGAUCGUUAUUUGAAAAUAUUCCGGAUAUUAGUUCUGUACAUCUGGAGAUAUUAAAAUAAUUGUAUACUGAGUGAAUAGAAGGUAAUUCUUUUUGAUGAUAAUUAUAUGACGAGUAAUCAUUAGAGGAUGUACGAAUGUUAAGCGGCAUGAAAAAAAUAAAUAAAUUUGUAUGAGCAAUAUA